AUGUUGUGGAUGUUUGCUGAUGUGACUAAAUUAAUUUUUAUUUUGUUAUGGCCCUCUUCCGAAACCAAUCUUGAAAAGGAUAAACGUCCAUCGCAAAACAACGAUGAACAAUGCAGAUUCUCCAUCCCGGAUUCAACCGGAACAAAAAUUAAUGAAACUAAUUUUGAAAAACUGCAUUGGCACAGAGUAGGAAAUAAAACGUCAAGAGAAGUAACGUACGUUUUCAGUGCCUUCCUAGACAUCAGAAAUGAAAACCCCUCAAUUAGGAUAUUAGGUAUCACCGAGGCCUCUAAUUAUGAUGCGCAGGUCAAAUACUGCAGGGUGUGGGAUGAAAAUUCAAACGUUCAAAUUGCUGUUCUAAGUGUGGGCUCAGUCACUAAUGAGACUCUCGUCAGAUCGAAAUACUAUGAAAUGCUGUACACUUGCACCAUUGCCUUGCAUCACAAAUUCAUGAAACCAGCCUACGUUACUCUAAUUAACGCAGAAUGUGACGAACCAAACUUCUAUUUAUUAGUCUAUCAUUCAGACCUCUACCAACAUAGACUUGAUUACUUCAAAACUAAUUCUCUGCAUCAUCACUAUCCUAAACACAAUCAAGAACAUCAAAAGAGCAUGUUUGAACAACAUUUAAGUAAGCGUAACUUAACCUUCAAAGGCAAACACAGAGAAGAAACUGAUGAUCUAUUUAUUUCCUCCACUAAACACGUACCUCAAAAUUCCACUGUAGAUUUUACCAUCUGUUCACCAACAAGAGUUGUUUCAGAAAUUCCAUUCCAAUUUUUUAUUGAAUGGAUUGAGCUUAACAGGCAUUUGGGGGUUCAAAGGUUUUUCAUUUUUAAACUUAGAACUCAGGAUGAAAAUAAACGAUCUAAAAAAUUUAAAGAUAAUUCAAAUAAUAAAUUAAAGCUUAAUUAUUUGUUCAAAUACUAUCAACAUCUUGGAUUGUUAACAAUUAUUGAAUGGUCGUUUCCAGUAAAAUAUGAUCAAAAUAGGGAUAGUCUGAUUAUGGAGAAUAGUUACAUCAUUGGCAUUGAUAUAGCUCUCACUUAUUGUCUUUAUUUGAAUAUGUACAAAACUAAAUACAUCAUGAACCUAGCACUAGAUGAAUAUGUGACUUCGGCUCGUUACUAUAACUUAUCAACUUUUUUUGAAAAGUUUGAGCAUGAUGCGCUGCACAAUAAUGAGAGAAACAAUAUUUCUUCUACUAAUGAUGACAAAAAUAACAGUCACAUUCUUAAUAGUAUGGAAAAGGAUCAGGUAGCAUUGUUUUAUUUUCCUACAGUUUUCUACUCCAUCUUUGGAGACUUAAACAUGGAAAUGAAAAAAACUCACGAGCACAUGUUUAAGACUUCCAUAUUGCUUCGACGUUUCAGUAAAAUAUUUAAAUUUAAAUCGAAGUACGUAGUUAGAGCUACUGCCGCUCAGUGGCUGACCCUCUUUGAUGCUCACCUCCUGCAGACGUUUGUUCACCACAACUUCUCAGAAUCUGCGGCUCUAAUGAGGUCAUUUUUAUUAUUAAGAUUGAUGAGGGCGAAUGACGAAUUUCCACUGGAUGAUAAGGUGGUCAACCCACCUGAUGAUGUCAGUUUUGAAUCGCACGUGACAUUUGUAUACAACAUACUGCCUACCUUUUUUGAUGUCGGGUCUUUUAUGACAACAAGGGAUGUUGACGAAAAUGAUGUCAACAAUAGCGACACGAAUUCAACUGCCACCGAGACACUAUUUGACGAUAUAAAUGUAAAUGGCAGAGAUGACAGCGAGGUAAACAGAGAGGAAGAGAAUUUCAAAAAGUGGAUCGAGCAAAAUACGGAGAUCGAUUUAUACAUGGAAGCAUAUGAGAUGACAUUAUGGAAACGAUUCCUAUUUGUGCUGAAUCUUUCCAACAUCACCGACUUAUUAUUCGAAGAAGAAUACGCCCAGUAUGGUGAUGAUGGCAGUCGUCCUGAGAGAAAAAAAGAUGGUGAUAUUGAUGAUGGUGAUUCCGAUGGCAAUGUCAGUUUUGUUAGUGAGAAUGAUGCUGGCGCUGCUUUGUACGUUGACAAUGAAGAUUGA